CGGUUGUGUUUUUCGUUUAACGCAAUUUUUACAAGAACUAACCUUCAACUAUUCCUAAUCCCCUUUUCUUAUCAGCUCCUGAACUAUAAAACGGAUCCCACAAUUCAUGAUGAAUGCCUUCUAGUUUACCUGUCAUACAUAAUAACCAAACUUCCUGUGCGGUCCCAAUUUAUAGACCAAUGAAAUUUUUCACAUAUCAUUGCGACGUAACCUAUGUUGAAAAUAGCAUCAAUUUUGCUAUUGUACUUUUACCAAUUAUGUUUAGGGGAAGGCAACUUUCAUUUGAUGGAAGAGGAAAUAUCAAAUGCAUUGCAGGAUUGUUCCCAAUUGAACGAUAAAUUGAACAUAAAAGUUAAUAUUGAAAAACGACAGCGUCGGCAUAACGACUUCAGAUAUUAUGCCUUUCGAAUUGACGCUAAUUCGAAACAAGAAAUUAAUCAGUACAAUCAUGAGCGCCGCAACACUUCUACUGAAAAUGAUAAGAUCAUUAACGUUAAUGAUUCUGGUAUAAAUUUUUCCAGGUAUCCAUAUGCAGGAAUUGAAGAAGAUUUAAUAAAUUCUGGUAACCGACAAACCAUUGACGACGAUAGGAAAUCUAAUUUAAAACAACAAAGAAGAUUUAAAAGAAAUGAACCAUUAGUAUCCAAGGACGAUGUGGAUAAGUGCCUCAGCCAAUGUGUAUUUGCCAAUUUACAAGUGGUCGAUUCCAAAGGUAUUCCCCGCGAAGCAAUGUUGUGGAACAAAAUACAAUCAUCUGUAACUUCUGAACAAUCUGAAACACUCAUGAGGGAACAAAUCCGGUCCUGCUUUCAAGAACUUCAAUCUGAAUCAGAAGAUAAUGGAUGCGUGUACUCAAACAGACUUGAACGUUGCUUAAUGCUGCACAUCUCCGACAGGAAAAGAAAUAGCACGCAGACGUAUACUACUUCGAUAAAAUAAUGGUUCCCGUGAGAAAAUCUAAGUAAAUUUGUUUGAAAUAAGCAUCAUAACCAUCGUAGGAUAAUUUAGAAUUAUCUUACAGAAUAAUUUAAAUUUCAAAAAUAAAAUAUAUAAAGUGUUAAUAUUAUUUUACAUUAAUUAAGUAAAUUUAUCGACAAAAUCAUAAAUAUAAUAUAACUGGGUAGCCAGGGAAUGAAAAUGGCUGUGGGAAGUAAAGUACAGGUUCAUCCAGACUGACAUUUUUCAACUCAUGUGGAUAUAUUUGCUUAGGGAGAGGCUCUUUUACCCAUAGUGGCACUGUUUUUGCAUACUGAAAUGAACGAGAGAAAUAAUUCGUUUUUUAAUUUACUAAAAGUUUUUUUUUUUUAUUGUAAGAUGAAUAAGUAUUUUAAAAACAAAGACUUUUAACUUUCAAAGAGUUUGAAAUUUAAUGAUAACAAUAGGCAAAGGUAUCAUCGCAUUCUAAAUGUAAUAAUCAAUAUUUAACGAAGCAGUUUCUAUAACGUCUCUUUUAAGUAAUCCAGUUUUGAAUCAUAUCAGUAAUAAACAGAUUUUACAACUAAUAACACAUUCCAAAUAGAUAAGAUUUAAUAAUUCUCAAGUGAUUUCGUUCAUACAUUAUUAUACAUUAUUAAGUCAAAAA